AUGUCUGCACCUGCUAAGAAAGGUUCUACAGAAGCUCAGGAAAAAUAUCUUAUGCUCGACAAAGACAUGGAAAAGGAAACAUGGAACUUUAAGUCAAUGGCCGAUGAUCCCAUAGAUUUUAGCUUUGGGUCACCAUCACCAGCAAAGACGAAGAAGAAUGUCUUCAAGCUGGACAUGGGGUUCGAUCUUGAUGGAGGUUUUGGAAAUUUAUCAUCAUUCAAAAUGGACAUGUCAGAUUAUGAUUUCUCAAGCCCAGCCAAGAAACCCAGAAAAACGAAAGAAAACACUGAAGAUAAAUCUAGUGGAGGUUUCAAACAGAAAAAGGAUCUGUUUGCCUUCUCCUAUGAUUUCGAUGCGUUAGACGACUUUGAUAUUGAUUCAAGCCCACCGAAGAAGGGAAGCAAGACAGCGACUAAGGCCAUGAAAUGCGAAGAAAUUUCUGCUAGAAGUAAAGAUGAUAAGUCAGACUCUUUAGACUUUGGUCCAGACUUACCGAUAACUAGACAAGCUGCCUCCAUGACGAACAUCAAGGCAAAAUCUUCUGCUGAAAGAGAGGACCUAAAUUCCAAGACUGCAGAUACUAUGGUUGUGGAUAGUAGCGCACACUCGAAGAAAGCUACAGAAGAGAGGAUGGAGAAUUCUGAGGCAGUGAAAUCACCUCAAGAUCUAAAGAUAAAAACCUCACCUACUCAUGCCAUGCAUCUGCAACCUCAACCCGUAAACACUUCACCAUUGAAGACGUCAUGUGCAAUGCUUGAAGAUACAGAUGAUCCAUGUCUUUCAAACGAGACCGCAGCACCCUCGCCGUUACAUGCUUCUGAGACUGCACAUACUGCUUCAAACAGAGAAAUCAGUCCAGAUUUCCAUGAAAUCUGCAAGUCCAGCUCAAAAGAAGACUGUCCUAGAGAUCCAGAACAGAAUGCAAACAAUGAAAAGAGUUCCACCAUGGACUCAAGCUAUGAAAAGGCUGAACAGACUAAACCAAGAAUCUCAUCUCAGUUAUGUGUGGACAAGAUGGAUCAUCAACAGGAAGAGAUGGGUACAGGCACUCAGGCAGAAAAGCAAGAUCACACUAGAAGAACAUCUGAUCUAGAUCAUGGACAUCCUCAGACAACUCUCUCAAGAAAAAUAUCACCAGGUUGUCUUCUAAGCCAAGCAGCCCAAGUACAAGAUUCGAGUGGAAAACUACCACUGGAUCCAUCCCACAGCGUGCCAGGGCUCAGUGAUUUAAAGACCACGCAAAACAAAGAAUCGGGACUUAUCCGAUCAAAAUUCUUUAAGAAGACAGAAAAACCACAAUCCCAUGUGCUGGAGUCCUCUCUAACUCAAACACAGAGUCAGCCAGUGACCGGAGAAAGGGUUGCGGUUAGUAUGAACCUUACAAAUGAUAGAAGACAUGAUACUAAAGAUGCGUUGCCUGGAUCCAAAACUAGAACAUGUCCAGUUGAGCUUGUGAAAACGGAUUCUGAAAUAGCAAAUGUCAAUUCUAUCAGCAGUUCUCAUGAAAAGAUAAUCAACAAGGACCACUCAAAUGCCAAGACUGCAGAAAAUGUGGCUGGACAGUUGGAUCAUUUAAAGCUGCAAGCUAAAAAUAGAACUAGAGAGAAGUCCAUAUUGCAAAUCAAUAUAAGCUCAAAACUCGAUGCUUCUAGCUUGACUCAGAAGCUAAGUGAUAAUUUGAGUUCUGGAGCCGAAUCUUUUCAGAAGUCCAAGUUCGUAUCUCUUGAAAGGCCUAAACUUGGAAAUACGAUGUCUGAUCUGCGUUCUGCAAAAACUCAAAGGACCACUGGAGUAACUAAAGACCAACUCAGUUCAUUGGUGCAACCAGUAAUGAACUCUUCAAUAAGUAAGGAGAGAAAUGCCGAAGCACCAGUUAAAAAAGGCUCUGAGACUCACCAUUUGGCUCCUAGAGACAAAACUCAACUCCUGCACUGCCCAUCUUCUUUAAAGCGGAAAGCUCUUGAUGAGGAUGCAGAUAGAUCACUGAAGCCGCAACUUAAACGCUUUUCCAUGUCUCCAAGAGAAACCAGGAACGUUGAGGAUCUAGCACAUAGAGUUGCGCAAGGAAAGUUCUCAAGCCAAGAGAGUAGAAUAGAUAACAAUGCAACCAAGGAGCUUGUCAAAGAAAGUCCACGGAGUAGGUCUCAUCACCAGAUCAUAAACAUGGCAAACCUGGAAAUCCCGGUCACGGAAAAUAGUGCUAACAUAGAGCUAGCUGAAGCAUAUACAAAAGAACUCGAGAGUAUAUGCAACACUCUGAAGAAGAAGCAUGAGGAAGCGAAAGAGCUAAUUGUCCGUGUUCUAGUAAACAACAAUAAACUACUGAUGCUCAACCAUCCUUUACAUGAAGACAAGAUAUCCUUUUAA